AUGUCAAGAAGAGCUCGAGGCGGCGGCGCCGUAAGAGGGCCCUCUUCAGCGCUCACAUCUUUCCUUGCUGGUCUCGGAGUCGAGCCAGCCCACAGAGUCAACACAUGGGGCGACCGAUCGACCAUCGAAGGCAAUGCCAUCCCAGAGGAAGAAGAUAUAGAUCCUGCAAAUGCUGUUACGGGGGAAAUGGUGGAAGCUGGACCCAGCAGGGUGGGCGAGGGGACGCCAGUACUGGAUGAAGCGGGAGAUUUGCCUGUAGGGUUCAAACGAGGACGAGGGACUGAUAGUGAGGGAGUACCAACUCCCAAGCGAUCGAGAGCAGCUUCGAUCGACUCUGACGACCUGGACGCCGAUGAUGACUAUGCCGCUCGACCAAGCACAUCUCGGGCAGAGAAGGCUUCAAGCAAAGGGGUGCCUCGAGGGCCUUUAAAGGCUAUCGGGCAGUUCAUGGACUGUGGACAGUGCGAGAAAAAGUUUACUGUUACAGCAUAUACGAAAGAACACCCCUCACAGCCCCAAACUUGGCUAUGUGUCCAGUGCUCCUAUGCCCUCGCCAUCGAUCCCUUUGCGAAACCCAAAAAGGCUGCUGCCAAGAAAGCCCCCAAGAAGGACAGAGCCAAGAUCAUUCACUAUGAGCAGAAGAAGGGCGUAAAGCCCCUAGGGGAUAUGUGCAUCGGCUUGAUCGGUAAAUAUAUCGAAGAUGUGGAGCAAUUGGGGGAUAUUGGCGGGAUCAACAUGGAUAAAGUCUGCAGGAUCAUUUGUAAAGGGAGGAGGCUAACACCUGAAACCGCCCCGCUGUUCUAUACUGUGGAUAGGACAUCGCUGGAUAUGUUUGACUGUACUCGACUCGAUCCACCCGCCUACCUAGCCCUAGCUAACCUCAACCCCAACCUCACCUCUCUACGCCUUGAUCUGGUCGGCCAACUUUCCACCGACGCCGUCUCCCACUGGGCCAAGACCUUGACCAAGCUCACCCGUCUCGAGCUGCUUGGCCCUUUCCUCGUGAGGAAGCCAGCUUGGCUUGAGCUUUUCAGAGCUCUGGGUGAACAGCUUGAAGGGUUUUUGAUCACGCAAUCGCCGAGAAUCGAUGCCGAGACCGUCAAGGAGUUGGUGGAGCGAUGUCCAAAUCUGACAGAGAUCAGAUUGAAAGAAGUCAUACUGGAUAAUGAUAUACUCGCCGAGCUGGCAAAGCUCAAAAAGCUGCGGUCGCUCGAUCUCUCUUCGCCAGCGGGCUCGCUCACCGACGAACCCGUCAUCGAGCUCAUCCAAGCAGUCGGCGGCGGCCUGGAGACGCUAGAUCUCACAGACAACGCAGAGCUCACAAAUGACAUUCUUCCCAUCAUUGCCGAGCAUUGCCCUCAGCUGAAGAAUCUACACCUGCGGAACGUUACCGAGCUGUCCAACGAGGCCAUCGCGGCGUUCUUCAAAUCGCUCAAGCAAAAGCAGCGCCCGGGACUAGAAGUCAUCGACUUGGAGAAAGGGCAUGAAUGCGAGGAUCUCGCCUUGAGAGAGCUCAUUGCGCACUCGGGGGAGAGCGUGCAGUGGCUCAGUAUCUUGGGAUGGAGGCAGCUGUCGAUCGAGUCGCUGCAGAGCUUGACACAGUGCAAGCAUGCCAAGUAUAUCGACGUCGGAUGGUGUAGGCAGGUCAACAAUUUCUUGAUUAAGGAUUUGCUGGACGGGUGCCCUGCGCUCGAGCAGCUGCGAGUAUGGGGCUGCAACAAUCUCUCUUCCGGGGUGCCGAGAAGGCAGGGGGUGAAAGUGAUUGGCAUUGAGACGCACUCUAUCUGA